GGAACGCCGCCGGAACCGACGCGAAGUGCCGUGACUCGUCGUCGGCGCGUACGAUAAUAUCCAUUGUGAAGGGAAAACGAAACCAGUUACUACCGGUCCCCGCAUCGAUCACCGCCGCCGCGGCGUACAACGAUCCCGCGCGCGCCGCAGUGCAGUCGUCGGUACGUCGUCGUUUUCGCCGUAACGCCGUCGGUUUGGGUUUUUCUAUUUCCCUCUCUCCUUCCCCUCGAUAACAAUACUGUUCCGGCUUCUCGUCUCGCCGAUCGUUUUCGCCGGUCCGCGCAACGACGCGCCGCGACACAAACAUAAAACAAAUCCGCACGGGACGAUCGUUAUUGCCGGCGAUAAUAUCACCAUGUAUUCCGACAAGGUAGAAGUGCUCCGGUUCGAGACGGAACCGUACAGGAAAUUGCUGGAUCAAAACGGCACGGUCACCAAGAACGGAUCGUUGCACUACAUGACGCAGCAAUGCGUGCACAACAACAACUUUAUCCAUCAUAACGGUUAUCACACCACCACGUUAGUACCCGCAUAACAAUAAUAUUAUUAUUACAUACCAGCUACACUUGUUACGCCUAAGCCUUUGCGCCGUUCGCGGUCGUCGUCUCGACGGUUUCAAUACCGCCGUGCUCCGGUCGACGACCGCGAACCCGUACGAUAACAAACGGUAACGUUAUUGUUGUUUACCGUAAUCGCGAACUUCGCGUGGUUAAGUCGUAAUAGUACAGAGGUGCUCACCAGCCGACUCACUCGCCGCCUGCACUCGCGCGAACCGUUUCGUUGGGAAUUUCGCUUACAUUUCGCUUAUCGGUGGGCGCGCGAAUCGUACAAUAACAUUAUUGUUUUGUUGUCGACGACCGUGAUAAGAACUGCGCGAUGGCUAUAAUAGCAGCGAUAAGAACAUGUUUUAGUAUAGCUCGUCUCGUGUGUCGAACUGCGUUGUUUUUUUAUUUUUUUUUUUUUACUCGCGACAACGAAAAAAUUAUAAAUUAUAUUCUAUUGGAUUUUGAGACGGCUCCCUGCGGCCGGAGUGUCGUUAUUCCUCUGUUGUUUAUUGACAUUGGGUCACGGGUCGGCGGCGGCGGUACCGUAUAAACGAUACUAUAACUCGUAACGUCCGUGACGAGUUUUAUCCGCCAAACGGCCGACACCAAGUAUUAUACGGCGGACGCGUCAUACCGCAAUAGGGGUGGAAAACGUAUUUUCCCUCUGAAAAUCGUAUCGCAGACGGGUAUAGUAAUAAUAAUAAUAAUAAUAAUAAUAAUAAUAAUAAUAUUAUUAUUCUCCCGCGGUGUUCGUGCUCGGGCGACAGGACGCGGCCGCGGUGCGGGCAUCUACGGCGCGCACCGUCCGGCUGCGGCGUGCCGUCGGCUCUUGACGCGGAACCGGUUUUUCGUGAACUACAAAAAAGAAUAAAGAAACCACGCGCGAGUGUGUGAAUACUACCCGAGACACGACGACGAUGGUAAUAAUAGUAAUAAUAUUAUAAAAAGAAUAAUAACAACAACAACAAUAUUAUUAUUAUUAUUUUUUUUAUGCGCGCGCGCAUCGCGUCGGUUCCGAACGGUUUUGUACGGAGACCGGCCGCGGGCCGCGAGCGUUUUUACCUUUUUGACGGGCGCCUUACUCGCCCCGUCCGCGCGGCGCGGAGUCGACCGUGACCUUUGUCGCGUCCCGCCGGGGUGGGCGGCAGGCCGAGGCGUCCGACGACGGCGGCGACGGCGAUGAUAACAGCGUGGAACCGCCGCGUAUCGCGCCAUGUCGCUGUUCGCGGACAGUCUGACGCGCGGACCGGGGGCAAAAAAAAAUAAAAAAAAAAUAAAAAAACGAAUAAAAUAACAACGCGCGGCCGCGUAAAAAUACCCGCACGGUGUUUAUCACGCCGUAAAACGAAAUUCGCCCGCGAUGAUUACGGUUUUGUCCGUAACGCGCGACGUUAUCGGUGUUAUAACGCGUAUAACGCUCAAGGUCGUUUGUAUCGCAUACAUCGACUGGAUGUUUUUUUUUUUUUUCUAUCCGUAUCUCUUUAUCGUGCGUCGUUCGUAACAAUAAACAUACAACGCGGUUUUUCUUUUCUUUUUUUUUUUUUUCCCCCCGUAUCGUAGUAACGUUAUGCAAUUUUAUUGUGCAUUCGGUUUUCGCUUUGUUAUUUUCAACGAGCCCCGGGCGUGUGUACACCGUCGGUUCCGCGGCGAAAUAUAAUCCCGCCCCGCCCCGCCCCCCUCCCCACCGUCGGCUUAUAAAUAUAUUUCCGGGGGGGGGGGAGAUGAGGAGGGAACCCGUCGAUUCCGCGAGCCGCCGGUGCUCACGUCAACCUCCUGCCGCCGCCGACCCCGUCUGCUUCUCAAGUUCAUCAAAACGUACGUUUACAUUCGACUCGGCCGACCACCGACUCGUGCGCGUAAUAGGCACUUGCGUGAAAAUAGAUGUAUUACCUAGCAAAACAAAAAACAAAAAACGUUUACGCGCGUGUACUGUACGACAUACCUCCUAAUCAGUAUUAGUCAGUAAUUGUUGUUUAUUUGUCGUUUAAAAGUUGUACGAUAUUGUUUGUAUUUUUUUCGUCCAUAAUGUAACUAAUAAAAUGUCAACGGUUGAUUUUUUUUUUUCUUUCACAAUCUUUUAACUCGAUUUUUAUACUGCCAUUACCGACGGGACCGGCGUACCGUAUAUCACCUCCCCCCCCACCCGGCGUCAAACGGUCCGGCGGUAACGUAACCCACCCUUAUUUUAUCUCGGAAUCGCGCGGCGCGUUUCAGUCGGUUUACACGGCGAAAAACCGCUCGAAUUAUCGAACCCGUCGACUGUUCGUUCCCGGGUUCUAUUUAUUCUGUUCCCGUUGCCGGUCCGUGCGAUUUGUUCGCCGCCCGACAGCGUACAGCCACAAUCGUUUCUGCGUCGAAAAUGGUCAAAGUUGCCGUAAUAUAAUUGCGAACCGAGUUCGUUCGGCGGUCGUUCGUAUUUUGUUUUUUCCCCUACACAUUUUCUACGUCAACGGAUAGAUUAAAAAAACAUCGUGUUUGCAUAUUUCGAGUUCCGAGUAGCAGCACGGUUAUCUAAACGCUGUCGACAACUGCGGUUCCCCGUCAUUUCGUAAUAUAAUAACACUCCGGUAGGCACUCGACUAGGCACUUAUACAACGUGAUCAUCGCACUCGUCGUCUCGGAGAGUGUUGAUUUUCUUUGGAAUUGUUUGUCCCCGGGGAUUUCGUGCGCACGGGUUGUAUUAAUUAACCUGUCAGAUGGCUUUAUGAAAAAAAAAAAAAAUGUGCGUGUUUUUGCAAUGUAACAUUUGAAAAUCAAAAACUCGUUCUACCCCCGAAAAAAAGGACGACAGAAAAUAAUGGCGAUGUGACAUUUUAGACCUGCUUGUUUUCUUAAACUGUCGAAACGUUUUUUGUUUUUUGUUUUUUUUUUCAUUUCAUUAUAACCACGCUUUUAUUGUAUACGUGUAAAUAAAACUUAUAUAUUUGGGCAGUGGUUCUCAAUUUUUUUAAGACUUGAACAUUUGAGCAAAAUCGCUGGUAGAAAAGUUGUUUACAGACAAAAAAUAAACAUCAUUGUAAAACCAACACAAUUCUCGCUCCGCUCAGAAUUUAAAAACACGAUUUUUUUUUUUUUGGAAUCUAUAUAAUUUAAAACGAUUUUCGCGACCCGCCAAAAGUCGACAAAAAAUAUAAUAAAUUAUUGUACGCAAAGGAGCACGUGACAAAUAUUUGCGCCAUUGUACUUCUUCGCUCCUUUCUCCUCGGCUGUCAAAAGCGGUAUGCCGCAACUCUUCUGGCAUCGUCUUCAACGGCCUUUUCUCGCGCGUUAUGCCGUACAUUUUACCAAGCCUCGGCUAUGGCAGUGUUGUCGGACACCAUGCACACCUCCCGCGGGAACUCCGCCGAGUCACUGCCCGGGACCACGGUGGGCGGCUGGUACCGGUUGAUGCCGACCUCCAACCCGCCCGGGCGUCAACCGACCGAAUCGUUCGAAUAAACUGUGCGAAUAACGCGAGCGAUACGCGGCGCCAAGUGAAAAUGAGAUUUCGCCGAAAACCAAAACAAAACGCUGUUACGCGAUUAAUGGCGUGUGAUUCGGCAGUGGAAAAAUCGUGACCAUUCUAAAGCGCCGCCCGGACGACUCGAGCUCUCGGGAAAGUCGCUGCCCGUAAAAAUCGGAGCGUGUUUACUACGAAAAAAACGUGUCCGCGGACUAGAAGAAGACCGACAAAAAAAAAAAAAACAAAAACAAACGAACGAACGAAUAAACGUCUUGGUAAAACCUAUAGUCACGCUACGCCCGGAAUCCGAAACAGAAUUCGAUUGUGUUUGUUAUCCCCGGAGGUGUUCUUCAAGGGGUUCGUCUUCGCGGGACACGGACGCUCGGCGCGAAAUAUCGCGUCCCGGCCUGGUGGCGACCGGCCGAUGUCGUGCACGGCGUACAUUUUAGGUACCGUGUGCGUGUGCGUAACGGUGCCGGUAACGUACCGAACGAUAUUAAUUCACGGUGCCGAACCGCGGACAAAUGCGCCGCGUGUUUUUUUUCUGCGGUCGUCGCCGUGGACGCAGCGGGACGAACAACACUCACUUCUUCGUCUCACGCGCGCCACGAGGCGUCCGGACGGCGCGCCGCUCAGACGUUUCACCGCGUACGCGCGUUCCAUCCCAAUAGGCGAAAUCGCGCACAAUGACGCGAAGAUGCCCGUGCACCCGCACUGUCCCGCCCGCGUACGUCCCGUCCGUUUUCCAGGUAUCCGGUCCGGGAUUUCGUCCGUGUAACGGUGACGGCUCGGAGGCCUACGCGAACACGAGCGUACCGUAUGUCGCGGUAUUGUUCGUAAAACGGACCGUGCACAACGAUACCGGACCGGUUUUUUUUUUUUGGUUUUUUUUUUUUAUCGCAGUACGGGUUCUGUGUAAACGCUGUUUUCGAACACCUCGCCGGUAUAACACGCAUGUCGGACGGACAAAAUCGGAGAAGAAAACCGUAUUCGUCGUCGCGCGUUAUCACCGUAAUCGUGGGCGUCUACGGGCCGGAUUUGACGUUGAAUUUAUCGAACAAACGCAUUCCGGUACGCGUACAGGGCGAUUCACUGAGCGCGGCGCUCGUCCGAUUUCUCGAUUCUAAGAUGCCCGUUAACCGCCGGGGCCGUGGCGGUUAACGGGCAUUUCGCAAUAAACGCAUAUAUUUUACAACGUGUUUGCAUUUGCGAAGACAAAAACACCAAAUAAAAAAUAAUCCGUAAUCUUUUUCUAGUUUUUUUAUUAUUUUUUUUUUUUUUUUAAAUUUUUUUAGACACGAACUUUUCGAUGUUUCGUGUUUUACCAAGAAGUAAGACAGUGACCGAUGACGGAGAGUGACGGGUAAUCGAGUAUCUACUGUAUUCAAAUUAUGAUUUUUGGAAUUUUUAAGCGGAGUUAGAGCCGAUAUUUUCUCUUAAUACUCUCACGGCAUUUAUGGGGUAUCCUGUGGCGAUACCGAAAAAAAUCCCAUUAUUACUUUGAGUAUUAAAAUAUAUACUAGUGGAGUAUUAUUUGGGUGACGGCGUUUUGUUAGUGCUCCACUACUCUCUCCCUGUCUACACUUAAAAGUGAAAUAUUUCGUCAACGGGUUGACGGAAAUCGAACAAUUUAACACCGAAACGUAUUCAAAGUAAUGCUCCUCCGCCUGUUUAUGUAAGUUUCAAUGUAGGUUCUCGUUUGAAAAACCAAAGUCGGCAUCGCCACAGGAUGCUCCUUAAAUGCCGUGAAAAAUCUAAAUGUUCGAAAGUAUUCGGCUUUAAUUGCACUCGAAAAUUUCAAAAAUCAGAUAAAUGGAAUACGUCAUGCAAGAUUUAACCGGAAAAAAAAUUGUGCGAGCACGCGUUUGGCGAAUCGCCUCGCAUAAUACAAUAAUAAUAUUAUGCGUGUAGGUAUCGAAUCGCGCGCGGUCAUUGCGAAACGGAGUUUAAAAAAAAAAAUACGGCGAACAAUUUUCCGCCGAAUUGUACACACACAACAUACGUGUUAUCGUAACGGGACGCGCUACGGCAGAUCACACGCGGCUUCGUCUGCGCGCGGCGCCGAAUGAUAAAUAAAAACGCAAGUACGCGGCCGUCCCGUGGCUUCCCAUACGAAACAGCAUUAAUAACCGCGUUAUCGACAUGAACGAUCGGCCGGAUCAUUGGUCACGCCCGCCCCGGUUUACGAGUGUUCGCCAUUAUUCGAACGUAUGUGUGUAGUUUAUUUCUGGCAUAACAAACGUCUUCGGUCCCGGCAAAGUGGUCUGACUGGUGUGAUUUUUUUCCCCCGUUUAUUGUUUACGCUAAAUGACAUAUUAAGUGUGUGUGUGUGUGUGUGUGCGCGCGCGUGCGUGUUUUCAAAAAUAACAAUUCGCUCGUGUUGCAAACCGUAUAGAAAACCGACUCCGCGUCCUUUGGCUUCCAUAACGCCAAAAUUAUAUUGUGUUGCAUUACCACCGCGGACCGCUGUGUACGAACGCCGUGUUGGCGCGGUUAGAGACGACUGCAUUUUACACCACCGCCCACCCCCCCCCCGCCCCGCCCCGCCCCUCCCAGACCUACCCCGGCCAAGCUGUCCUGUUAUCAAUGGGGAGAUACUGUAGCGGGCUACCCAUUCACAGCGAAACUACAACGAGCCGCCGUGAAGAAAAUCGAAGCUGCAUUGCGUACACGCGACGUCUAUUUGUAUUAAUAUAAUACAUGCAUGUUUGGAACCGGGGGGAAAAAGGGCCCAAAGUCGAUUUUUGCAAUUUGUUUUUUAACGAUUUCGUUACCUUUGUUUUCGGUCCGACCGGCGUGCACGCGUGUGUUUGCGUAUGCAUUUUCAAAAUUGAAUCCGAUCCCCGGGACCGCGGACAUAAUAAUAGUUACGAUGCCGUGGGUACUGCACGCGGGUAAUGCAUUGUGUACUCGAUUUCGCGUUCGGGUAUCUGGCCACCCUGCGACGUGUACCGCGAGGGUGAGGGGAAGCGUAACGAGGGAAGGGUCCCGUGCGCCCUUGCCAAAUGAAGGUCAUGAUCAAUGUCGCGCGCGACGCGCAGCUCAGUGGUGUAGCGCGCGCGUAAGUAUAAUGGCGAGCGUGUUCGAAAAUACCAACACCCGAUUCGUUUGUCGCGUACGGUUUGCCGAGUUCCGAUUCUUAAUGUAUGGCGAGAAAACGGCGAAAUUCGCUGCGUACCACGUUGACGGAACUAAAAGAAAGGAUCGACGCUGCCGCUGUUAUUGUGGACCAGGAGAACGUUUGCCGUCUGUGGACAGAAAUGGAGUAUUGGGCGGCCGUCUGUAGGGUUGUAGAUUACGGGCACGUAGACGCAUACAAUAGUAUUUAAUAGUUGUUGGCAUGGAUGGCAUGGUAGCGUGUGUGUUUGGCGCGGACCGGGGCACCGUGUUUUAUAAUCGCUGGUAACAGUCGCGACGCGCGCUCUUUGUGCACACGCCGCGCGUGUAAAACGCUGUUGUCGCAAUUGCGGUUCACCGUAGUCACCUGUAAAGCGUAUACCGUUUCGCGGCGGUUACCGUGUUAAGAACGGUCAAUGCAAUAAACAAAUUGUAGUUCGUCACAACCCCGGAUCGGCCGUGCCGUUUAGCGUCACGUUGUUGUCCGUUUGUCCGGUAACGUUCCAUUCGUUUUCCAGCCGUGUUCGCGCGUUACGAAACAUUCGUCUCGUUCUUCUAUCAUUCGUGCCGAUAAAACCGCGGACAUCGCGCCGCGGCGCACAAUCGAUCCCGCGAUUGUCCGUGAGAUGUUUCGAAUCGAGCCUUGAAAGGGACGGCGACGCGCCGCCGUCCCAAUUUGUCGUUUCCGUUUCUACAAACGCGCGAUAUAGUCGGAAAGAGAGGGGAAAAACACACGCGUACGGAACUCGCGAUUAAUUUUGAUUUCGAGUAAAAACACCUAUCGUACAAUUAUUGAAUUAGAACAAUAUGCCGCGGGACAAGACGUUUCGUUUUUUUUUUUUUUUCCUUUCCGUUUUCCCCGAAUUCAACAGUCGGUUUACCGUUUAUCAAUUACGACUAUUUCAAUAAAACGCGACGUCUUGCCCACCGGAAUGUCGUUCUCUAUUCAUUUCGUAACAGGUGCUUUUACAUUAAAACUGCGCGAGUUUUGUGCAGUCUGCGUAAACACAUAUUUUCCACUAUAAUGUUUUUAAGCGGAAAUAACACGGACGCGCGUGUCCUUUUAAUAUUCUUCGCGGUGUCCGCGGUUAUUAUGAAUUCCAUCACAAUAAUAAUACGUCAUGGUUUUCGUUUUGGAAUACAAUCGAAUUUGAAGAUUAAAGAUUGAAAACGGUGAUUUUUUCGGACAUUAUUGGUACUGCGGUAUGGAAUAAUAAUUAUUUAUCACUAUAGCUUUAAUUUUAAAAACAUAUUUUAAUUUUUAGAUUCUGAGUGGAGCGAAGAAGCUUAUGGUUUUAUAAAGAUUUUUUUUUUUUUAUCCGUGCACAACUUUUGUACCAGAAAAUCUGCUCCGAUUUACAAUGGUAGCACUAUUUCUGAAAAUAAAUCUGACUGGGAAGGUACUUUGAAGAGGCCAUUUUUCGAUUCUCCCAACAGUUUUACCAGCAAAUGUAAAAAACCGGGAAUAUCGGUACAAUAUUAAAGAAACUAUAUAACGCCUAUUUAAUUAUUUUACCAUAAUAUGACAUAUUAUAUACUGUUGGCAAAACAUCACUAUCAAUUGACCUCCGCUCAGAAUCGUUUUUCCGUUAGCAUUGGUUUAUAGUUUGCUUAUACAUUAAAUACCCUUCUGUAUCCUGCAUUCCCAACUUUCCACCUACAACAGUGGCUGCGCUUGUCCCCAUUAUUCUAGGACAGCUUUUUUUAAUUUCUAGUCUUAUUUUUUUCAGCAAAUUUAUUUUAUCCGCUUUUUUCAUUAAGUUAAUUUAUUUAUGUAGUAGUAAUUUUUAUUAUUAUUUUUUUUUUUUUAAUAAAUUCGUACGAAUAAAGUUGAAUCAUUUUUCCAAUCAAAAAUUUGAAUAUCUACUGGAAGUGUGUUUAUUUUACUCUAGCUUAUUGGUCUGAAUGUAUGUAUAAAAAUGGAUUACUUUCGACCGCCUUGAACUACAAUAGGAUUGUGUUUGUUCAAUGUUCAUGUUUCCUAUUAAGUGUUCGGAAAUCGGGCAACAAAACUAUUGUAUAAAGUUGUUUGUAAUGUAUUAAAAUGAAAACAAAAACUCAUACGAUUACGUUAUCUGUAAACAAUUCGCGAAGCAUAUGCUCGUAUUAUACUGUAAAUACUGUAGGCGUAGUCUUAUAUUGUAAUAUUAUUUUCUUUGUUUCGUGAUGCCUCAUUUGCGUACAUUAUAGUGUACUGUACGGUAAUUAUUGUUAUCACUCGCAACGUACAAUAUAGUAAUAUUUUAUCAUUGAAAUAAUAUUAAAACUCAUACAGUUUCCUAGCAAAAAUUACGUCUUCUAUUUGGUUAUAAUGUUAAAGGUUAAAAUGCGAUCGAACUCGAGCUAAAGAUUAAUAUUAACGUGUAGUUACUGUAUAAGUAUUAUUGUACUAGGAAAUUAACAUUCAAUUCUAUACUCAUAGUGGGUUACAAUAAAAAUGCAUUAAUACUAUAAUAUUAGUGACUAAUUAGAUGUGUGUAUAUAUAUAUAUAUAUACAAGAUUACAUUCUAUAGUGUUACACAAAUGCUAAUAAUACUGUCAAUUUUUAAUUUUUUUUUUCAAUUAGGUUUUGUUAAGGGGACACAGAUGUAGAAAAAAUUCAGUUUUCAUUUUCAUCUCUCAAUAACUGAAAGAAUAACAUUUUUAAAAUUUUCAAAAUAGUAAAUUUGUAAAAUAUGUUAAUCUGAAAAUUUGAAUGCAUCUUACAUUCACAUCCGAUAAAUAGUUUCUUAGUAAUAGUCGUUAAAUUUCUGCUUCAAUGCGUCAAUGUUUUAUUACCUUGUAUUACGACUAUUAAUCAACGAAAUAUUUUCAAUUUUUGUUAUAAUCUUUCGGAUUUAUGGUCUUUAAUACGUUCAGUUCAAGAGAUGUCUAAUUCUUCGCCCAUUUCGUUAAAUGGACACAUGAAUUGCCCAAUUCGCAGAUUUGACAAAAGAUAAUAAAUAAUAUUAAUCAAAAUAAUUAUAAUUAUAAUUAAUUUGAUUAAUAUUUUUUAAAUUCCCAUUUCAUGAAUUGAACAAAACUAAUAAUAUACAAAUAUUUUCAAUAUGUGCAAAACGGCAGUUUUAAUAAAUUAUGAAUUAAUAUAAAUUUGUCGUUAUCAUUAUUAAUCAUUAUUAAUCAUUUUUAUAUUUUUUUAAACGCAUUGAAAAAAAAAAUAAUAAUCAAUAAAAAUCGACUUAAUAAUUAUAACGUUAUGGUUUAAACAAAGUGUGUGCAGCUGUAAUAAAUCAUACGAACAUUUGAAAGGCCGUUCAUCAACACAUUAAUAUAAUCUUUAAUAUAUAAACCUAAAUAGCUGCCGCGCGUGCGAGGAAAAAACAAACCGUGUUUUGUGUGGACAUUUUAUCGUGCACAAGUUCAACAUUUGAACAGAUAGACGAGAGCGUUCGCCUUCGAAAGUCCGGGGGGUGCCGAGUUAUGUGUUAUCAAACACGCAUAUGGAUAAUAAUGAUAAUCAAUAGCGAAAUGAUAGCGACACAGCCGCCCGGAAUCCCGAGGCGCUGACGAUUACUAUUAAUCUAUCGGUACACUCUACGCCGUAAAUGUUUUACAUAGGCAACCCAUGUUUGCUGGCGGCCGAUUUGACGCCACUGUCCCGUAUUACUGUCUGUAGUGUAAUAUUUCGGAGCGUGGCGAGGGAUUUAUCGGUUUUUUUUUUCUUUAUCGUAAAUAUUGACUUUUUUUUUUUUUUUUGAAAUGUUAAGCCAGAAGGGACGUAUCGUCGCCGUAUACCGCCCACUCCGGCCCCCUGCGGAUCUCCUCAUUAACUAAAUGACGAAGAGCUAAACGAUUUUAGAUCGACGCGAUCAUCUAAAACUCGAUCGCGAUCGAUGAGCGCUGUAGCAGAGCGCGUGUGUUCGAUACGGUUUUUCGGCCGGGCUGCGCGCGCAGCGGAAACAAAUGGCGCGGAUAUUUUAUUAGUAUUAUGAUAUUCUCUGUACGUGGGGGGAGGGAGUGAAAAGAAAGAAACGUAACCGACGUCUUUCGGCCAGAUUUACAGCGAUUGUCGUGCACCGUACAACUACGUAUUACAGCAGCUGCCGGAACUUAAAAUAAUAAUAAAAAAAAAAAAACCCAGUUUCAUAGCGGUCCCUCCGAAAUAAAUACGUUCGCACGAAUCGUCUACUCGUAUAAUAAUAAUACCGUUUUAAACGGUGGCGGUCCACACCCGGGACGUUGUUCUGUACAGGGUGUUUCUUUUGCUUUAGCUCGAGUGAACCCCCGCCGGCGGCUGACAAAAAAGUAAAUACCGAAAUCGUAUAUUUACUCGAAACGAUAACCAAAAAAAAAAAAAAAAAUGUACUUUAUUAUUAUAUAGGUAUUAUGCUCCCGUUCCGCGCCCGUCAUCCCGAGAUGGAAAAUCUCUAUUGUGUCUGUACGUGACGGGAUUAAAAAAGGCUUAAAAAAAUAAAACCAAACUCCAAACUGCUAUUCGUACGUAUUUAUUAGGCGGAUACCGAGAACCUUGGUUUCGUCACGAUAAAUCGUAUAUGUCGUUUAGCUUUUUAUCGCCCCUAGGCCGACAAUUUAUUUUUAUCGUUUCUAUCCGAACAGUAGUCGCCGUAAAUUUUAAUUUAUGCCAUUUACAGUACAUUAUUCAAUACGUUUAGUUUUCUUGUUCUUCUUUAGUACCGUAUAAUGUUCGUUUUAUAUAGUUUUCCGCGACAUUGCCUCCAUUCCUCCUUGUUACUAGCCGGUGUCUCCGGGUCCGGGGUCAUUGUAAUUUUACCAGCAAUACGAAUUUCAAAAACAAAUUCGCCCUCCCUUCCCCCACGUUAAACUUGCCGCUAAAAGUAGAUUUCAGCCUAUGCUUAUUAUCCCGCAGACGUUAUGAAUUCGCCACCGGUGACGUAUAGAUGUGGCUGUGUAUCGCUAUGGCCGCAGUAAACUAUACGGCGAGCUCCCUGGGUCGCGGUGGGGGGAAGGGGAAAUUUCUACACGGUCCAAUAGGUCUUUCGUUGAAAAUGUAUUGCGGUACCGCAGUUUUCACCUGCUUAGUCACGGGGCAUUAUGCGAAUUAUAGUACAUAAUUUAUUGUACAUAAUAUUGCGUUUGUAUACGAUUUCUGCAGUGGGCCGGCGGUUUUUCUUGUUAUUAUUAUUAUAUUUUUUCUUAAUAGUAUCACGGAUAUUUUCGAUUCGUCGGCGGUCGUACGAUACUAUAUUUGUACAUUAUACAGGCGUCAAUGGACGCGUUUGCAGUAUUGUGUAGAAGUUGUAUUGCGUAACGACGUAUUAUACCUAUACGUACAGGAAGUUUGACCGUUUUGCUCUUCCUGAUUAUAACAAAAUAGUUAUUCUAGGUAUUCUAUAGACUAGAAUGUAUAUAGAUACGUUUUGAUAUUUUUUUGUCCGUGAAAUUCGCCAGUGGCGGCUAUUCGUUUAUUUUUUUUUUUUUUUUUAUGUAUCUUUACUUUGUUGUUUAAAUUAACGUCGAUAUAUUGUGUAUUGCGUAUUAUGUAGGUCGAUAAACUAAAAUUGAUUAAUAUAAGGUGACGUUUCCAAAUCAAAACAUAGGUGGACAAAAAAAAAAAAAAACUGAGUUUUAUUUAAAUAUUAAGAGGAUUUCAGCGUUAUCGUUUUUGUUGAACAUAAAAACCGCGUGUCGAAAUGAAUAAUGUAUGACCGUAAACCGUGUGUUAUAAAAAUUAUAAAAGGAAUGAAGAAAUUAUAUAAGGAAUGACUAGUCCGUUUGGUUAAAUGUUAUAAAUUUCGGAUUUUCGAUAUUUUUACUAUAUCUUAUAUGAUGAAUCUUAUCGUAUCAAAUCUUCGAGUAUUUUUGAAAAGCCAAAACAUUGUAUCCGCAUGAAAACUAAUUAGCCGCUAUCAAUUUCAAAUAACUUUACACAACACGUAGCUCGAAAAUCGUUAGAAUGUUUUGGAAAUUGCAGUCCAUCUAGAAGUGGUUAAUAUAAGUGUCCAAUGAAAAAAAAAAAAAAAUCCAAAAUAACAUAAAUCGUAAUUGUGUACACAUUCCGGUGUUGUCCCCUGCAGUUUACAAGGAAAAUAAAAAAACGACAACGUUUUCCUAUAGAAAUAUCUUUUGUUUGUCGGUUUUCGGUCGGAGCGAGAUUUCUGCAGGUAGAAAAGUCGUUAACAGACAGAUAAAAAAAAAAAAUAUAAAAAAAAAUAAAAUACAUCAUAUAGUAAAGUCAAUACAUUCCCGGCGCUGUGCUCAAACGCACACCCAUAAAGUAGCGUUAAACACGAAAUGCCUCUUGCCCCUCGUAUUGCGCUAUUUGCACUGUUGUGUACAUUUGUAUACCUAACAGGCAACGGUUUUUUCAACGUUUAAAAUAAUUUUUAGAGCAUUUUUUAACCUUUUUCAUUUUAUUUGAAUGCGUUAAAUUGUAUUUUUUAAGGCAUUUUUCUCGUUUUUUUUUUUUUUUUUAAACAUUUAAACCCGCACCCUACUUUUUACUUAUCCCCGACGACGGUCGUUGUGGAGUCACUAUCGAACGUAUCGUAUCUUUUACCCAUGUAUAUAUAUAUAUAUAUAUAUAUAUAUGUACAAUAUUGUCCUAGUGAGUCGUGACACACGCAUGGCGGCCGUUUAAAUCGAUUACAAUCGCGUCGGUUCGGAAACGCGAACGGGCUGCAUUCAAAACGUUUAGAUACGAUCUGUGCGGGGCGUUAAAAACGCGCACGUUGUUCGCCAUCGUCGGCGGGACGAUUGGCAAAUUUUUCGAGGGUUCGUGACGCAAAACGGUUUUCCGCGCGAGGAGCGCGCGCGCAACAGGUCGGCGCCGAAAAUUCGUCAUAACAAUAGUAUUAUUGUUUUUAUUAUUGUUUUUGUUGUUGUUGUUGUUGUUAUAUUAUUAUUGGUCUGUAUCGUGUGCGCCGCAAUACCGCAGCGUUACACGCGAGCGUAUCCCUAAUGUCCCAAACAUCCCUAUGCCGUAAGCCAUCAAUACGUACAUCCCAGAAUCGAUUAUUGUCCGGGACGAUAAAUUCGCGGAAUCGGGAAAAUACAUACGAUUUUUUCAUUUUACGUUUCUCUCUAAUUAUUUAUUAUUGUACGCUCAAACCAUUGCGGGUUAAACUAUAAUCGAAUGUUUUUCCGGGGAUUCUGUUGAAUAGACGGACAUCAGACAGACAGUAGAAUGUCGUCGUGUCCUAACGUGCAGUCGUUUCGUUUUCCCAUCUCCCCUUCCGGUUCCUAUGUCGGUCCGAUCGGCCGUUAUUGUUUUCAAUUUAAUCCGCUGCAGGAAAAAAAAACGACGGCCGCGCGCGCGCGCGCUUAUUUUGGGUGUAACGAUGUGAGGUAUGCACGCCGACAGCGAAAAAAUCACGUAGGCAUAAUGACCUGUCUGCGCGCCGCGGUCGUACGCGUCGUCGACUGACCGGCCGGAGAUACGCGCCCCCCGCGCGUACCCGCGGCCGUACCGCAGUAAUUGUACGCCUACUCCGCGCGAUGUCGCGAAAAUAAAAAAAUAAAAAAAAAUCACGUAAUUUUUUUGUCAUUGUCUUAAUUAUCCGUCCCGAACAGCAAUCGCGACGGCGGCGGGCGCAGUAGUAGUGCCGCAGUCCGUUAUCGCCGUCCGAUCGACCGAUACCGCGCAGUCCUCGCGGCCCGGACGCCAAAACGAACGCAACAGCUGCCCCGCCGCCGCCUCAAAGCGAUCGCCGACGCGUAUUCGAGUUUCACACAGUGUUUCCGCCGUCUCGUCUCGUGCGCCCGGUACAUUAUAAAUAACCCGUACGUUACGCGACGGGAAAAGGUCGGCGUUUUUUUUUUUUUUUUUUAUAGUUUUUUCUCCGUCGUUGCCGCGAGCUCGCUCCCCGCCCCCGUACAUUUCUGACGGCGUACGCCGGAGAUGAGUUCCGCGGAACCCGGGAGUAAAACGGACACCCGACGAAAUUUCGGAUCCGGUCGUUUUUUCGAUCAUUCAUAACCGACGACGCGUCUAAAUGCGUACUAAUUACAACAACAACAACAACAGAAAUAAUAUUGCGUUUUUGUCGAAUUCCGAACGACACGGUGGUCGUAUUUGUGGCGACAACGAGACCGGAUCGACGGAGUUCUUAAAAUAUAACAAUAACGAGGAAACGUUAAUGCGCGCGCGCGCACACACACAUGUGUUUAACGGCCGCAAUCGUACGGGCUAAUAACCUGACCCAUAAUACUCGUUUACCGCCAUGUCGUUGUUGUGGACGCCUUUGAGGUGAGUCGCCGGACAAUUAUUUUUCCCUAAUGGGCCCAAUGCCUAUUAUUAUGACAAUAACGUGACCGUGUACCCGUGCGCGCGCGUGCAGAGGGCAUUCCGGGCCGGCCGCUAAUGGAUUUCCUUUAUUAUUACUAUUAUUUAUUUUUUUUUCUCCGCCUCCUAAUCCGCCCGUCGUGUCCGAAAAGGUAUUUUUGGAACACACGGUAGACCGCGGUACUGCACGGUAACACCGGCCCCCUCCGGUGACACACGCCCCGGCCGCGCCGGGACGUUCGGAUCGGGGCACGGCGACAAUUCGCGGAGCCACCGAGAACCCGUACGCGGCCGCCGCGAAUGCCGUCCCAUUAUCGAUCAACAAUCGCGUAUUUUUGAUAUCCGGCAGUGCCUGUUAUCGUGCGCGCGACGUUUACGUUGCGGGCGGGUCCGCGAACGGUUCGGUAUUUCCUUUUCACCGCGCGUACAGGUAGACGCGUACCGCACGAAUUCACGGAAAACGCGUCACGGUCAUUCCGAGCAGUCGUUACGAUGUUCGAAAAACGCGCUCCGGCGGCGGCGUAGAAACAUUGUGACAACGCUAAUAAACGGGUACAUUACACGAGGGGUCGUUAUUCCCCGUGAACGCCGGGAACCGUCACCGUAAACGACCAUACGGCGACAGCUAUAGCGUUUUAUCCGACUUAAGCGGCCCAUACACGAUCGAUAUUUGAUAUUGACAACGAUAUUGACAGUGUAUGGAUGAUAUUGAAGACGUGUUUCAAUGUAUUGAAACGAUCAAAAUUUUUCGAUUUUUCAUUGAUAGAUUGUCAAUAUUAUUGCGCUGUUCGUGGCGCUCACCGAUAACUAUUGACGGUAUUCCGUCAGUGUAGUUUCUGUUUUUGUCCCGAUAAACAAGUGCGUGUAUACGUGUUUUAUGCGGAAAUAAUUAUAAAAUCGUAUAUACAAUGUCUUCUUCCGAAAGAAAUGAGGAACGAAACUUCAUAUUAGAAUGUAUUCAAGUUUAUCGUGAUCGUUCAGCACUAUGGGAAAUAGAAUCUGAUGCACACAAAUAAGAAAAAUCACGCGUAUGGUGUUUUAUUAAAAAAAUAUCAAGACCGUUUCCCGACAGCGACUUUAGAUGAUGUAAAGGAACAAUGUAUUUCUUUACGCACAAAUUAUAGAAAAGAACUGAAAAAUCUCGCAUUCGCGUAUUUUGUUUUUUAAUAAAUGGAUUAACCAAAGUUAAAAUUCCAUCGAAACACUCAUCAUCCAUUCUUAAAAAAAUUUUUGAAAUCGUUUAUUUCAAAAUUGCGCAACUCUGUUAAUAGCUUCUCGUGAGUAUAAUAUUGUCUAUUUUUCAGCCACUCUUUUGACCGAGUUCUUGUGCUUUAUUGCGCAAAUAGCUUUUUAUUUUUUUUAUAAUUUUUUAGAGUUACAGUAUUCGCUUCUAAGAAGAGAAUUUUAUGAAGUUUAGAAAAAAUAUAAUAAGAAUAGCCGUAAUGAGGAAUUAUUUGAGUACAUAGUUAACAGAUUUAAUGCAGUAGAAAUGUCCGAAGAGUGGUUGAGAGAAAUGAGAGAAAAAAUAAAACAUUUUUCAGUGAAAAUAAAUGAUCGUUAGGAGAAGAGUUCGAGAAAAAAAGAUGUUUUUUUUUUAAAAAAAGUUUGAUACAUGGUUAAAUAAAAAAACCGGUUGAAUUUAAUAUUGUUUUCGCAACCCUUGUUCCAUCUACCGGACCAGGGCGCCCAUUAAAAGAUUUUAAAGAAGAAUGCAAUCAUGAAACUAAAAAAAGAAAGGUGAAUCAUUUGAUGCAAGAAAGUUGUGAGGAGCCGGCUUAUGCUGCCGAAAUCGGUAUUCGAUCUUCAGGUAACCGAAACGCUGUUAGUUUAGUUAAACAGUUAUCGAGUCCCACUGGUCAGACGGCAACUAAAAUUAAACAUGUAUUGCGUAGCGAAAAUGAUAUGGAACCCAAAUCAUAUACGGCUGAAGAAGCGUUAGCUUCGUAUGCAGAUUGCAAAUUAACACAAUUUUCUUACAAUUCAAUGGGAGUAAAAGCAAUUAGUGCGGGGCAUAUGUUAUACCCUUCUUGUUAUAUGUUACAAAAAACAAAAAAAACAAAAUCGCGUUAUCCUUCCGAAGAAUGUAUGUACUAUCACAGACACUCGUGCAGACAUUUCAUUGCAACCAUUACCAGAUCUAACCGUUCAAAAGUUAAUACAUUUGUCCGCCUAAAUCGCUUAUUCAGCCCGCUGUGCGUAGGAGGAAUACUAUUCAACCCUACUUAUUAUAUAUAUGUAUUACAAUAAUAGAGUGUUAUCGUCCGGUGAAUUUAUUUAUUUUUUUCAAAACGUUCUGUUUAUAGCGAAUUCAAUAAAAUUAUUAAAAUUUAUUAUAGUCAUUGGAUUUUCUAUUCGUAUAACGUUGAAUAUUAUGUAUUUAUAACAAUGGCUCACGGUGUUGCGCCCUGAUGUAAUCGAUACAGGCAACUAAAUCUACGUUUAAUACGCUAUCUCUCUAUCAACAUUAUUAUUACCAUAUGACUAAGUUACAAUCUGAAACGUUCACUGUAGUUGCAAUAUAUCAGUUACGCUUUAUAAAAUAAACGAAUCGAUUGUAUGAUAUUGAAUUGUAGUUUCAUGUACAUAGACAAAAACCAUCCUAAUCACAAUUAUUAACAACGCAAAAGUAAAACGUUUACAAUGCUCCGGAGAUAUGCGAGAUAUAAACUUGAGUAUACACAUUUAAUAAAUUGCGCAAUGUGCGCAUUCGUUGUCAAGUCAAAUUAUAUGCAAUCGUUGCCAAUCAAAAAUAAAUUUUGUAAUAUUAUUCCGUCGUUUUUAUAAACAGUUGUGUUGUUAUAUAAUGAUAAAUUCAAUAUUUAAUUAUCUAUCUACCUAUCCAAUUGAACAAUAUAUGGUAUGGUUUUUGAAUUUUUCAAAAUAUAUUAAAAAUUGUACAUAAAAAAACAAAAAAAUAACCCGAAUAAUUGUACACGUCGUACCUAAAGAAUUUUCGGAUAAUUGAUGCGAACAAUAAUGCAAAGGUACAUAUUAUUUUAUGAUAAUUUUUGUUGGUAUAAUACUAUGUAUAUUGUAUAUACUAUGUAACACUAUGAUAUAGUUGGUAUAAUAUGUACAGAAUACAGUCAAUUCAAAUGUGUUUAAUAUUUUAAUUGAGGCCUUCACCGCAAUAACGGACUAAUCCCUUUUCAUUCUCUGCCAUUCUACGAUUUUCUUCACUUCAGUUUCUUGCUUUAAGAAUAAAAACAAAAUAUAUAUAUAUUACUGUUAUAAUGUAAUAACGGUGCCAUUGUCUGGUGAAUGUUAACUAAAGGCGGCUUAGUCCGUUUAUGAAUUGAAUUUAUCUCGUACGAUAAAUGUUAUUAAUGUCAUUAAAAUGCUUCGCAACAUACGAGGGCCACAAUUCUCGGCAGUGACGUAGAGGAAGGUUUUAAACCCCUAGUUUAACCAAUGAUUGAUGGCGUUUUUCAGCUAGUUGCCAUAGAUAAUCUACGGUAGUUACAUUAUUGCAUGGAGUACCGUUGGCGUGUUCCAUCUACCAGAAUUGUAUUUGCACUACCUCGGUUUAUUGUGUUCGAACACAAUAAACUGCAGGCAUGUUCAGCGCUUAGUGUGAAAAUUGGCGCACGAGUUUUUUGAGACGGUUUUGAAUGGUUUUCAUAAAAUAAAAAUAUCUUUAUUUUCAAUAAUUACGAGUGUUGCGGGGUAACAAUGUUUUAUUUUCCAACUGUAGUAGUGAAUAUUGCGAACUGGUGAAAAACUCGCACCGUGCUAUAGUGGAAACUGUUAAAAUAAAAUGUCUGUAUGCUGGAAAACGCUAUUAAUCUUGAAAUUUAUAUAUUUCAGCCAAGUUACGAGGGGAAGCUUGAUUUAUUGAUUAAAAAUAGUUUUUUCGUUUUUUACCGGAUAGUAAAACCAAAUCAUUCCUCACUCAGAAUUAAAAAAAAGUAAAACACUGUACGUCCAUUGCGAAGUAGGUACUCUGAAAAGUUGUGCGCGUGGACAUUAAGAAACUGACCGCUGAAACAAAAGCCACUCCAGUUGAUAAUUCGAAGCGUCGAUUAUAUAUUUUGUACAAAAAUUAAAAACUUUUCUAAAAUAAUAAACGAUUGUGAUGUAGAUCGGAAAUGUCAUCGUUUACAAUUUACAAUACUAACGAUACUAUACAUAAAUAUUAUCACCGUUGAUCGCUUGGAAACCAGAAUACUGCAUUUACAAUUACUAUUAGUUUUCGUAAAAGAAGUUCACUUAAGAAAAUACAAAUUUUAAUGAGAAUUUACACAUAAAUCUGAUUGGAUUACCAAAUGGGUUUUGUAUUUACAGAUCCGACGAUGAAAAUCGUUUAUUCUGUUAAUAGUAUUUUAAAGUCCGAUGCAUAACACGUACACCAUAAGACGAAUAUAAAUAACAGGUUGACGAUAUCAACUAAAUAGGCUUUGAAUAUUCAAUUUGUCGACCGCUUACCUAAUAAUUGUGUCGACUAUUACGAAUAUCAUUACGCGCCUAGAUUAUUAAUACUCUUUAAAUAUUAUUAUUAUAAAUUAUUUGUUCAGUCUUCAGUGACGGGAUGGGCCUUUUUCACGUCGUCAUCGGUGUAAUAAUGCAAAUUCACUUUCUUUUUUUUCCACGGCCGAUGAGACCCUACAGCUUCAGAACAAGACUUCUUCCAGUCUUCUCUAUUCACUAUUACCUUCUUCCAGUCCACGUUUCCUUGUUCUUCUAAGGCCAGUGUUUAUUUAAGACCUUCAUCGUUGGGGGGGGGGAAUAUCGUAAAUUUCCAAGGAGGAAUGCCAAAGGCAGAGCCGGAUCUAGGAGUUUUUACACCCGGGGAAAACAUUAAGAAAAUAUGCCCAAUAAUGACUUUUUUGUAGCUCUUUAGAAUACGGUUAUUUAUGUAACAACAUUUUUUUUUUUAUUUAUCAUAAUAAUAUUUAUUUACUCAUAAUCAGCUCAUAACUCGUUUCAUAGUAUAUCGUAUUACAUAUUAUAGGUAAUUUACGUAGUAAUACAUUUUCAGAGAGCGGUAUACAUUUUUCGGGGGGAGGGGGGGAUAAACACUGUAUAAGGAGACCAAGACCCUUGAAAAGUCCUGCUCAAUAAAGUCACUCCAACAAAAUUUUGUUGGAGUAACGUUUACUUUUUGAUCAAUUUACACUGCGUACUUAAUCAACCGUGGAUCCUCCACGCGUGAAUAGUCCAAUCUAUAGCUUCUCUUUUUUUCUUCUUUUUUUUCAUUUCGUUCGCAGUGUCUGGCCGUUUUUGGUUAUGUCUUCUGUAUUCUACACCACUCUUAUGCAUUCUGAUUUCUAUCGUGAGUGUUUCUACACUGCCCGCAUUAUAUUCCCGUCAUAAAUAAUACUACGCGGGCGAAUACGAUAUUAUGAAACGCGCACAUUAUUAUUACGCGUACUUAUGUUACAAAUCGUUAGAAAGACAUUCCGGUGUAAUUUUACGGGUAUCCUACACCCUCGUGUAAGUAAUACGUCGAUAGCGAAAAUUCUGUUAUAAUUGCUACGGAUUAGGUAAAUCUAAAUGAAUAUUACUAUGUCGACGCACGCUGUUUGCACGCGGGUCGACCGAUAAGACAUUUGAAAUAAAGGUCGGUGCGAAUGGGUAAUAAUUAGCCGGUUGGCGGGGAAGAGGAGAAAUUAUAUAAUCCCGUUAUAUUUUCGUUUAAAACCACAGUCGCACGGUCGCAGCUUAUCGGUCUUUAUAAUAAUAUGUGCCGUAAAACAUUUUUGAAACUACUGAAAUCGUCUGUUUAUGUUAUUCGCUUAAUCGGCUGGUUGUUUUUUUUUUUUCUUUCAUUUUUCCCGUCGACUCAGCGCAGUGAAACGAGUCGUUUGUUUUGUAACCCGGGACGGUCGUCUUUUUUUUUUUUUUUUUUUUUUUUCCCCAAUAGUAAUAUCGCGUAGAAUUAUCGGAGAGAAAAAAAAUUACGCGAAAUCAUCAUUUUGUCGCCGUCGUUCAUACAAAUGAAACAAGUAAACAGCGGCGUUCUCCAUCAGUCGGUGGUCGCGGUGCACUUGGUAACGGAAUAUUCAUACCCAUUUUACAGUCGCGUUAUUAUUUUAAUACUAUACACGCGUUUGCACGUCUACUCGAUCAUUAUGGACGACGACGUACCGUCAUCGUUCGCGUACGAAUUGCAGCUCGUCUAUCUCCGGUUGUUGAUUUGCUACUACGCGAUGUUGAAAAGCCUAGAGAAACGCGAUAUUACCAAUAAUAAUAAUAAUAACAAUAGUAACGAUAACAAUAACGAUAAUGACAAUAAUAAUAAUAAUAAUAAUAUAAAAAAAAAAAAUAACAAUAAUAUUACGUUUAGGUACCGACACAACCGCGCGGGCCGACUGACCGUUUUUUUCUAACCGUUUCGUUUCCGCAGGCUGAUCGAGUCGGACGCCAAGCCUUCGUCGCCGGCGACCGCUCCGACCGUAAUCCCGUCGCUUCACCAUCAUCACGUCCAGCCGCCUUCGGACCCGGUCAUAGCUUCGGUGUUGCAGCCCAGGCAAAACCCGCGGCCCGGUCGUCUACUCUUGGAGAACGUCAACAACCGGCCGCAGACCAUGGACCGGGGCACCCAGGCCAACACGGAGGACGCCCGGGACAACGUUCACGACGGACCCUCCGCCGUCAUCACCGAAGCCCCGUCCACCAGCAGCAACGAUACGAUAAUCAACGACGAACUGGUACAUUCAUAAAAACAAUAUCUAUUAUUAUGCUCUGUGUGUGUGGUGUAACCAGAUUGGAUAGGGUUAGAAUUGAAUAGGUAUUACGCAACUGUUGGUCUGCGAGUAUUGGGUACAGUACCCGGCCGAAGUCGUGGGAGAAUUAUGGAAUUAUGACGGUGCGGGUGUAUUGGGAGAAAGAGAAAUGCGUUGAGAGGUAGUGUCAAGAAGAUAGGUGAGACAAGUGUGGAUGUAGGCUAAAGAACGAGUAGCCAGAGCCCACCUGUACUAAUAGGUACUGGGUAUGGGAAAUUGUGUAAUAAAUAAUUUUAAUCCAAGUAAUAGAUCGCAGAGCCAUUUUAUAACUCCGUGUCUUCCAAUUUGUGGUCUGUGCGUAUUAACAUUAGAGGAUUCAACAAUCUUCUGUGCUAUGUUUCUUCGUUUGGCAUGGAUCUCCACAUCUGCAAUCAACUGAUUGUUUUAAGACGCUUUGUGUACACUAUAGACCUAUAAAGAUCUUUAGAUCUUGUAGAUUUAUCAUGUACACCCACUUUGACUGGCUCAUAUUCUAUUUAAAUUCAUUGUUAUCACGUCAAAUUUUAAAAUGUUGUAAUGGGCUGGCCGCCACUCAAUCGUAGGUGAUUUACUUAAACUUAACCAGUGUUUCUGCUAAUAAUAUUCUUAUAAUAUAAACCAUAUUUUUGUAUCUACCUACCGUGUGUUUUUUUUUUUUUUUUUUAUAACAACCACAACUCUUAAAUAACAAAUCCCUUCAAUUGGUACAUUGAUUGGUUGCUACUGUUUGUGGAUCCAUUAUUAUUUCCUUUAAUUGUCUAACUUAAUAUUUUUUUUUUUUUAGUACCGGAACGCCAAUAUUAGCGUUUCUGAAAAAAAACUGUUGACCAAAGGCGGCGAUGAUUCAUCUGUGGACAGUCUCAACAGUGCCGAUUCUGCAAAGCAAGAUAGUGAGGAUUCUGUAAUUGAACGCGCAGAGUUCCAUCAGCCAAUGAUCACCAAAGAUGAUACCGAUGGACACAUCAUGAGCAAUGGUAAUGGCAAAAUAACAGGUGCUGGUGGUAAACUUGUCAACGGUGUUGACAAAGAACAUCCCGUCGAUGAUGAAGCCAAUAUAACUAGUUGUGGCAUGGAGUGCUUAUACUUUGCUAUGCAAUGUUGUGAAUGUUCAAUAAUGUAGGCAGGCAAUUAAACCGCUCUGUGUCUCAUUAUAUUUUUAUUUCAUAGUUAUACAUAAAUAACUAAAUUUUUUUACUAUUUUAUUCAUUAUUAUUAUUGUUAUAAACAACAAUGUUUUUGAAUAUGUCAUAAUAGUAUUUAUACAAAUCUAAUCGUAUCUGUGGACUUGGUUCCAUUUAUACUGUAACAUAAAUUAUACUAUUCAAAUUCACUAAUAUUUUGGUUAUUACCUACUAUUAACUUUAUAAAAGUUAUUUUUCAGUUAUAUCACAAUAAUGUUCAAAAAUAAUUAUUUAGUAUCCAAUUUAUUUAUUGUUAUAAAACAUUUUUUUCACAAAUUUGGAAUAUAUAUCUUAAAUGUUUGUUUGUGCCAUUUUUUAUUAUGCGCUAUAUAAUUUGUAAUGUACAUAUAAAAUCUAAAAAUGAUAAAAAUAAAAUAAGAUUUUAUACUUUUUGUGAACCUUAUAUAAUUAUAAUAAUGAUUUCUCCGUUAAUUUUGUAGACAUUGACACUGUAUUUUGUAUUAAUUUAUUACAUACCAAUACACGUUAGUGAGUAACUUUAUAGUAUUCAAAUACUUUAAACAAUUAUACAAGUACAUUAAAACUUAAAUAUUUAUUGAUUCUAUAAUAAAUCAAUUUUACAAAUAUUACUUUGGACUAAAUUGUGAUACUUUAUGCUGUGUUCAAAUAAAGAUUAAUAAUUCUGUUUUUUUUUGCAGAAAAUACAUUUUUUUUUAAAUAUUUAAUUUUUUGAUGUUCUGUACAUUUUUUAGAGUUUAUCAUUAUAAUUUUCUUUUAUAUAAUUAAAUAGUAUAAUUUAAAGAAUCUCUUCUUUAUUUUUUAGUUUUAUAUAAUAUGAGGCUAACUACUUGUUUUUUAAAUAAGUUUUAUGCGAAAUAUGGUAUUUUUAGAAUUAUUUUGUAUUAGCAUAUUAAAAUACAUACUAUUCAUAAUCAUACAAUUUGUAUUUAACAUUUAUAUUUAUUUUCUUAUUUAUUGGUUAUUGAUUUUUAUAACAAUUACAAUAUCAAGGUCAAAAAGUUAAAUACAUUAUAUAUGUAACGGUUAAUGGUUAAGUGCAGUCAAUUGAUAUUAUUAUCUUUAUAGAUUUUUAAACUAUUGAAUAGUAAAUUUAUUUAAGUGGUACAUACAGACAUAUAGCUUUAUUUAAUAGGGUUCUUAAAGUUUUGUACUAUGGAAAUUAGUGACUUUUCACAUAAGCAAAUGGAAUUCUGGAAGUUGCUUUAAACUUUUCAGAUUCUAAGCCUAGAUUUUCCAGCUGUAAGUAAAUAAAUCAGAUAGGCCUAAUUAACCUUAGUCCAUAAUGAGCAAAUAAAAAAUAGUAAAAAAUAUUUAAUACCUACCUUAAUCAUGUUAAAUUAAAAAUUAUAGGUAAAUUUAUAUUUAUUAUAUAAUUAAUCACUGUCAUCGUUGCAAAUGUCAAUUUUUGUAUUCUUUUCAUUCAUAAUGAUUAUUUUCUAAUAUUUUAUUUUAAAA